UUCUAUACCGCAGGUUAAUUAAAAAAAAAAAACUUGACUGUUAUUGUUUUUGACAGUCAGUAAGACACAUCGCGCUCAUCUCCGGUGUCUCGUCGCUUUUCUCUUCUCUUCAUAGUUCUCCGUCGUCCGAGCAGACAGAAAAAACCCUGAAAUGGAUGGGCAUGACUCUUCUGAGGAUACUAAGCAGAGCACUGCUGAUAUGACUGCUUUUGUCCAAAAUCUUCUGCAGCAGAUGCAAUCCAGGUUCCAGACAAUGUCCGACUCCAUCAUCACAAAGAUCGAUGACAUGGGAGGCAGAAUCAAUGAGCUGGAGCAAAGCAUCAAUGACCUUAGAGCCGAGAUGGGAGUUGAAGGCACUCCUCCUCCUGCCUCCAAAUCUGGCGAUGAUCCCAAAACACCUCCUAGUUCCACUUGAACACUGUUAAGGGUCACAUGAUCCUUCUGCGCAGAAGCGUUGUUAAGUUUGUUAAGAAGCAGUAUUAUUACUUUUAGGUAUCUGUUUCAAAAGACAUAUGUUAUCGAGUUCAUCAAAUAUAUUGAUGGAGGAUGUGGGUAAAUUACAUUGUUAUGCACUUAUGAUGACUUGCGUUCUAUGUUGGUUUUGAGAUAA